AUGAAGUGGGUGGUGCUAGCACUGGUUGUCGCUGUCAGUGUGGACGGAGCCAUGAGCGCCACUUGCGACUCUCUCCCACCACAGACGUGUACAGGAGAGGGCGUGCCGGUCUGUGCCACCUUCAUCAAGACCUUCCCCACUGCGUGUGUCUUAGAGUCGCAGAAAUGUGAACUGGCGAAACAAGGCUUUGAAUUUGUAUACGUUCUGAUCGGUGCUAUGAUGCCUGGUGAUAGUCUAGACUUUAACAGAUUUAUAUUCCGAACUAUUCACAACGAGGGUGACUGCUGCACCACGAGAGCCAUGACGAAGGAACUGAGUUACCGAUGUGGAACUGACGGGAAUGUGUAUGGCAAUCUAGGAAAAAUGAAAUUGGCUGGGUGCCAAACUCGCGACUACAUCAAGGAACAGUAUCCCGUGAACUGCCCGGAUUUCCCGGAAGGCUUGAUUAUUAUUGCCCAAUAA